CUUUGGAGGCCUCACGCAGCUGCUGCGGCCCACACAGGACCCACGCCGGGGGAGCAGCCGCCUGGGAGGCACCUUCCCUUCGGGUGUCCGAGCACCUCUCCCCGGAGCGCAGGCUGAACCGAGCCCUUGGUCUGUCUGCUGACCUCCUCAGGGGUAAGAACGCAGGCAGGAGCCUCCCUCCCCCCGGGGGGCAGUGCCAGUCCCCGGCCUCCAGCCCGGGGCCCCUGCACCCGCGGUCCUGCCCACUGGGGACGGUGGGGACGCAGGGGCCUCCUGCCUCCUGGCGCAGUCUUGCCCCCUGUUGCCAGGUGCUCCAUGGACCUGGGUCUCCCGGGCCUGCCCGCGGAGCCUCAGGGCCCCGGGAAGGACCUGCGGGCAGCGCGGGGCCGGGGCGCCGCUGGGCGUCGGCAGCGGGAGUUCGUGCCCGCCGAGAGGAAGGACGCCGCCUACUGGCAGAAGCGGAGGGAGAACAACGCGGCGGCGCGGAGGUCGCGGGAGAAGCGGCGGCUCGGCGACGCGGCCCUGGGGCGCAGGCUGGCGGCCCUGCUGGAGGAGAACACCCGGCUUCGGGCCGAGCUCUGCGCUCUCCGCCCGCGCGGCGGCCCCCCGGCCGCGCUGCGGGGCCCCCCCUGGGCCGGAGACCCCCAGCCUGGGGCCGGGCCUCCCCCUUCUCUGCGUGGCCCCCACGGCCGCCUCCUGAGGCCGUGCUCCCUGGACGCUGGGCUGCCGGGGUGCGGGGGCUGCCUGGUGGCCCGCGGGUGGGCCGGCCUGGCCACUUCCCCCGGGUCCCUCCAGGACCCCGUCCUUGCUGUUCCCAGGAGAACGGACAUGGCCUUGCAGCCUGCCCCCCCAGAUGCCUUCUUCGGCUGUCACCUCGUGGGUGGCUGUGGGGGGCCCAGGCCCUCCUGGGGGCUGUGGCCACAUGUGUCCCCUGAUUACCAGGCUUCAGGGCCCUCAGGUGUGCUGGGGACGCCCACUGCUGAUACCAGGGGGCUGCCUCCCAGGGUGGCCUGUCCUGAGCCAAGGAAUGGUCCCGAGGGUCUGUCUCAGAACACCCUGCCCCAUAAACGGCGCACCCCAUCGCCAGCCUUGGGCGGGGUACCUCUAUGGGGGGAGGCUGGCCGGGGUGCCCUCUGAGGGCUUCCCCGGGGCAGGGACAGCCUGCAGGGGGAUGGCUGGGACUCGGUGUGCAUUUGUCUGGGGGGAGAUGAGCGGCUUGGGUUUGAACUGGCCCCCAUAAGCUGGGCAAGGCUUGCAGGAAGCUGGGGCGGGGACCCUGACUGGGGGUACACUUCUCAGUGUCUAGGCCUCUAGGACGAGGGAAUAGGGUUCCAUCUUGGAUGGUACCAGGGCCCCCAUCCUGCCUAAAACAGUUACUUUUCUUCCUUCCUUCCAUCCACCCAUCCACCCAUUCACUCAGCCAUCCACCCACCCAUCCAACUAUUCAUUCAUUUAUUCGUGUAACCACUCAUUCAUGUGCUCAUUUGUUCAGCAUUCAUUCAUUCUCUCACUCAUUCACUUAUUUACAAUUCCCUUGCCCCCUCAUCCACCCACUCAUGGUCUUUGGACUCUCCCUCUGUGCUCAGCUUGGUGACAAGUAUGUGGCUGCCCUGCCGGCUCCAGGGCUCCUAUUCUGGAGGUGAAGGUCUGGGUUUGGGGGCAGACACACCGAAGGAGGAGAUAACACCUCGGGAUGUUGGAAUUCUCAUUUCUGGGGGUCUCCUUUGGGGCCUGCUUAACGCCCAGUUUGGGGGUCAGUGUCACCCAGCUGGGAUGGCUGCCUCUGUGUCUCGGUCAGGGCCCUGAGCCACUGGAACAGGUCAGCAGUGGGUGCAACUGGGGGGCGGUCAGUUCCUCUCGCUCCCUGGCCGCUCGCUGCCCCUGACAACCUCUCAGCACCAACACACACGCUCCCAGCUGGGCAGGAGGGGGUGCACUCUGUGAGUGGGGGUCUCCAGGGACCCUGGAGACCAGGGCCUGUCAAAGCCUCUCUCCUCAGUGUUCCACUGAGGCCUGUCUUUUAAAAAUACCAUUUCAGAGCUUUUAUAAAAUCCUGUAUGAAAAGACCCCAACUCCUAUUGUAGGGAGAACUGUGGGAGCAGGGGGUCUCCUGCCAGCUGAUGCAGCCACUGAGACCCCAGAUGCCCUGGCCAGGCAGGGCAUGGCCCUCAGGCAUCCCCCCUCGCCCCACCGGGCUCAGGGGCUAGGCUAGUUCUCAGCCACCCAGCCUGUCUCUCCCCUACACAGCUGGGAGGGGUUAGACGGGCCUGCAGAGGAGCCGAACCCAAUGCACAGGUGUGGCUGGUCUUUUAAUGCAGCCCUGGCUCUGAUUGAGGAAUGUUAAAAAAUGCUCAAGAGAGAGGGAAGGAGGCGGUGGGUGCUGUGCAGCGUCCUGCUGCUGGAGAUGUAGGUGGCUUUGCGCUUUCUCGUGGUGAUGCUCCCUGGCUGGUGUGUCCAGAGGUGCCCAAGGUGUCCGAGACCAGCUCACUCACACCCUGUGGACUCAGGGGAGUCAGGGCCGGUCACCCUUGGGUCACAAAAGGUCCCUUUAACCUCAGCCCCAGUUGGAAAAGCCCAGAGAAGGAUCUGCCUAAAGCACAUCAUAGAAUUUCCACAUCAGGAGGGGCCCUCAGGGUCUACUGUGUGGUCAUCCAGUCUUUACUUGAAUACCUCUAGGGAUGGAGAACUCACUUCCUCCAAAACCCUACCACCACCCUAGAGUCAAAACCUGCUUCCUGCAAACAUCAACCUGUGGUCCUACCACAGGGGCCACUGUUCCCCUCCCUCUGCUUGGAGGGAGCUGGUGGGGUGGAAGGGGCAUCUCAUUUUUCCUCUCUAAAGUAGAGACCGCCACACCUACCUCACAUGGUUGGAGAUUAAAUCUCAGUUAUUGUGUGCACAGCACUUCAUACAUAGGAAGUGUUCAAUGAAUGUUAACUCUCCUUGCUUUAUUUCCUUUUUAGAAUGCUCUGUUCUCAGCCCUAGAGUAGUGCUGUGUUCAGGGGAAAUGUUCUGUAAUUCUUCAAAAUCCUUUCCCUUUAUCCUGGUCUGGCCUUUUUUUUUUUUUUUGGUCAGUGCUAUUUACAUAUGAUGGCUCUUGGAACUGAAGUAUGAAUCAUUUCUUCAUCAAAUACAUAUGUUUUUCUCAACAAAUAUUUUUUGAGCCCCCACCAUGUGCCAAACAGGAACUGGAAGAGAGAAAGAGUCCUCCAGACUGAGGAGUUUGCAUGAGGAAUUUGCACAAAUGUCUAGAACAUUCAUCCGAGGCAUUUUGAUCACUCUUCUGUGCUGCGCUCUGGGACCACACAUGUGACCUUUACCCUCUGAGAGCAAAUGGACAACUGGCAACUUCCACGUGGCUGCCUGGAAGCUGCUGCUAUAAGAACUUAUGUGCCACAUCCCACCCUGGGGUGUCCACUGGCUUCUCAGUUAUGUCUGUCACACUCACGAUUGACUUGGGGGGCUGAAUUUCAGGAAUUUUUGCAACCACUUGCUACAUUUCCUCUCCCACCCAUCCUUGAAGGCUGGUGAGAUCUCUUUGGCUAUGAAUGCGUCUAAGUCCCUUCCUGCUUUACGUACGACUGGCCCAUGUUGAGUAUACCACAAACACUGAAGGAAAGUUUCUGCCCACUCAGUUAGUGAUCGCAAGGGGCAGAGAUAAAAUGAGUUGCAGAUGCUGACGAGGCUGCCUUUCUCUGCCUUGUCUACAAGGAUUCACAGACAUAUCCUGGCUGAACCCUGUUACCUGGACCCUCGAUACUGUGGCUCAUGGACCAGCAGCAUCUGAAUGAUUCAGAAGCUUGCUAGAAAUGCAAAGUCCCAGACCCCUCCCAGAACCACUGCAUAAGACCCUGCAUUUUGACCAGAUCCCCUGGAGACCCCCAGUGCAUUAAAGUUCGACAAGCAUUGAUCCAGAGCAGAGGUUGGCAAAUGUUUCUUGUAGAAGGGCCAGAGGGUAAAUGCUUUUGGCUUUGUGCUCAGACAGCUGUGGUUGCAUCUACUCCGCUCUGUCUCUGCAGCAUGAAAGAAGCCAUAGACAAUAUGUAAGCAAAUGGAUGUAGUUAGGU